AAUGCAUCUUCUUACACACUUUCUUCCUUUUUUCUUUUUUCUUUUUCGUGUGUUUCCUCCACUCUUAGUAAACCCAAAUGAAUUUCUCAAGGAAAAAGAAAUUGGCACUAUCUUCUUCCAGUUAGUCAUGAUGCAGUAACAAAAUUAAACGCCCAAAGAGAAUCACUAUCUGUGGAUCCAUUCUAUUUUCUCCUCUUCUGAUUUCCUUGUCGCCAUCUUUUCAACCGUGUGGUAAAUGGGACGGUGUAAUGUGUAAGCAAGUGAUGAUUUCAAGGAAUAGUUCACCAUAUCUCAACUAUUAACCUUCUGAUUUGCUUGUUUGUCCUAGUGUGUUUUCUUUUUUCUUUUUUCCUGAUUUUUUUUUAUCAUAUACAAAAACUAAUGUUUAUCGUAUGUAAUACUAAUCCAUUAUAUUUUGUUUCCAUGGGAUGAAGGCUCUAUAAGUUGAGUUGGACUCUUUUAUGAUUGGCUUUAAUGUUUCAUGAUUAGAUUUAUUCUUUGAGUGUUGGCUGAGAGUGGGAUCAAAACAUUCCUCAAGCACUUUGGAAGCUCUUUUGAACACGAACUUCAGUAACAUUAAUGGCUCCUUCGUCUGGGGGUUAUUUCUUAUGGAUGAAAAUUGUCAAUGGCAUGAGCAAAGUCGGAAAAAUGGAGGGGUACUUAAAAGAGAGGUGCAAAAUGGUACGAUUGAGGAGAACUAGGAAAGUACUAAGGGGUAGAGGACCUUGGCCACGUUUGGAUACAAUCUUGAACUACAAGAGGGACCCUAGCCAUUUUACAAAUGAACAUGUGGAUCAUGUGGCUAAUAUGUUCAAACGUUUCGAAGAGGAAUAUAUCUUAGAGUCAAAUUGUAGAAAACAUAUUCUACAAAUGUCAUUAACAGAACCUGAGAAGAAAGUUCUUGAAAAUAUAUGGGAAUCCAUUCAAGAAGGGCCUCAUGGUUUCACAAAUAGAUCUUUUGAUGACCUAGUAGCUAUUUUCAAGGAACACUGGGAAAAAUGCUUCGUGAAGAAUGUCAUCAGAUGAACAACAAUGCUUUCUAUUUCUCCUAACUUACGAAAUGCAAGAUUUUCAAAUUAUAAUAGGCAUAAAAAUCUUAGAGGGUUAUGGUUAUUGAAAACAACUUCUAGAG